AGUAUGGGAGCUGAAUUUAAUUGUCUAUUUUAAUUCUCAUGCUUUCCUUUACAUAUAUUGUGGAUAGUAACAACUACUUGAAGUGAUGAAAAGAGAGAGUUGCAGAGGAACUCUGUUUUCUUGUGUGAGUUUUAUGCGCUGUUGAAGAAUCAUUGCGCUAAAACAUGAAUUUAUUUCCGUGUUAUAUGUAAAAAUACUAAUAUUUUUAUUAAAGUUGUUUUUUCUUUUUUUAGGAAUGAAAACAAUAACCGGCUCAAGUAGGCCCAGCCCAUAUUAUGAAAUCAUGCCCUUAAAUCUAUUGAGAUUCGAGGGAUCAUCUUUAAAUCAGUAGACUGCUUUGAAUCCCUAACCCUAGAGUUUCCUAUAGUCGAGGAGCGAUGGUGUGCAUAAGGAAAGCGACGAUGGACGACCUGCUUGCGAUGCAGGCCUGCAACCUGCUUUGCCUGCCGGAGAAUUACCAGAUGAAGUACUAUCUCUAUCACACUCUCUCCUGGCCCCAGCUUCUCUACGUCGCCGAAGACUACAAUGGCAAGAUCGUCGGUUACGUCCUUGCCAAGAUGGAGGAGGAGUCGAACGAGUGCCAUGGCCAUAUUACCUCUCUAGCUGUCCUCCGCACCCACCGCAAACUUGGCCUCGCCACCAAGCUCAUGAAAGCCGCCCAAGCCGCCAUGGAGCAGGUGUUUGGAGCAGAGUAUGUGUCACUUCACGUGAGGAAGAGUAAUCGUGCGGCAUUUAAUCUGUACACUGAAACAUUGGGUUAUAAGAUUGAUGAUGUAGAGGCAAAGUAUUAUGCUGAUGGAGAGGAUGCAUAUGAUAUGCGGAAGCAGCUGAAGGGUAAGCAGAAUCACCAUCAUGGACAUCAUCACCACCAUCAUCAUCAGCAUGGUGGUGGUUGUUGCUCGGGUGAGCCCAGGAGUGUAGAACCAAGAGGGGAGGCAAAAUCGGACCCCAAAGCCAGUACAAAAUCAGAGUCAAAAUCUGGCAGUUGAUGGUUUGCAGUUUUUGUUAUUAUGUCAUGUUUGUUAGAUUUUUAUAUGGCUAUGCGUUUAUCGAUACGUUCUAUGAGUGUGCGAUAAUGUACUCGAUGAUCGGUUGAUUCAUCGAUAUAUGUUUACUGUUACUGGCAUGGUUAUGUAAUGUUCUUUCCUGCUUUCUUCUGGUAUUCUUGCUGGAUUAUUUUUCCAACAAUUCCUUUGCAGUUCUAUUUGUAUUUCAAGUUGCUUUAGAAUGUACCGGCAUAAGAAGCUACAAGUGAUAUGCUCUUCUUAUGCCAUUCAGAUUC